GUCCACUCACAAAAAAACGCGACGAACCCAGCGGAAACAGUCCCUCCGGAGACGAAGAUAUCCGGGACAGCGGGAAGAAGCCGGUGAUGCUGUUCCUGCACGGUGGCUCCUACAUGGAGGGGACGGGGAAUAUGUUCGAUGCCAGCGUCCUGGCCGCCUACGGCAACGUCAUCGUCGUCACCAUGAACUACCGUCUGGGGGUGCUGGGAUUCCUGAGCACCGGGGACCAGUCGGCCAAGGGGAACUACGGGCUUUUGGACCAGAUCCAGGCCCUGCGGUGGCUCAACGAGAACAUCGGGCACUUUGGGGGGGACCCCGAACGCAUCACCAUCUUCGGGUCCGGCGCCGGAGCCUCCUGCGUCAACCUCCUCAUCCUGUCCCACCACUCGGAAGGUCUCUUUCAAAAGGCCAUAGCUCAGAGCGGCACGGCCAUCUCCAGUUGGUCCGUCAACUACCAGCCCCUGAAAUACACCCGCAUGCUGGCCUCCAAGGUGGGCUGUGACCACCUGGACACCAGCGAGACGGUGGAUUGCCUGCGCCGAAAGCCGUACCGGGAGCUGGUCGACCAGGACAUCCAGCCGGCCCGUUACCACAUCGCCUUCGGGCCGGUGGUGGACGGGGACGUGGUGCCGGACGACCCGGAGAUCCUCAUGCAGCAGGGGGAAUUUCUCAACUACGACAUCCUGAUCGGGGUGAACCAGGGCGAGGGGCUGAAAUUCGUGGAGGACUCGAUGGAGAACGAAGACGGGAUUUCGGCCAGCUACUUCGACUUCACCAUCUCCAACUUCGUGGACAACCUCUACGGCUACCCCGAGGGGAAAGACAUCCUGCGGGAGACCAUCAAGUUCAUGUACACGGACUGGGCCGACCGGGACAACGGGGAGAUGCGGCGGAAGACCCUGCUGGCGCUCUUCACCGACCACCAGUGGGUGGCGCCGGCCGUGGCCACGGCCAAGCUCCACGCCGAAUACCAGUCCCCCGUGUACUUCUACACCUUCUACCACCACUGCCAGACCGACACCCGGCCCGAGUGGGCCGACGCCGCCCACGGGGACGAAAUCCCCUACGUCUUCGGGGUGCCCAUGAUCGGCGCCACCGACCUCUUCCCCUGCAACUUCUCCAAGAACGACAUCAUGCUGAGCGCCGUGGUCAUGACCUACUGGACCAACUUCGCCAAGACGGGGGACCCCAACCAGCCGGUGCCGCAGGACACCAAAUUCAUCCACACCAAGCCGAACCGCUUCGAGGAGGUGGUGUGGACCAAGUUCAACACCAAGGACAAGCAGUACCUCCACAUCGGCCUCAAGCCCCGGGUGCGGGACAACUACCGGGCCAACAAGGUGGCUUUCUGGCUGGAGCUGGUGCCCCACCUCCACCACCUCCACGACCCCGUCUACACCUCCACCACCACCCGCGUCCCGCCCUACGGCACCCGCUGGCCCCCCGGCUCCCGGGCGGGGCCCAGCACCACCCGCCGGCCCUUCCCCACCCUGCCGCCGGACGAGGACGAGGCGGACGACCGCCGGCGCUACGCCCCUUUCCCGGGGGACUCGCGGGACUACUCCACCGAGCUGAGCGUCACCGUGGCCGUGGGGGCCUCCUUGCUCUUCCUCAACAUCCUGGCCUUCGCCGCCCUCUACUACAAGCGGGACAAGCGGCACGAGCUGCGGGCGGGCGUGCUGGGGGGCCGGCGCCCCAGCCCCCAACGCAACGCGGCCAACGACCUGGUGCACGGAGGCCAGGAGGAGGAGCUCAUGUCCCUGCAGAUCAAACACUCGGAGCACGACGCUCACGACCUGGAGGCGCUGAGACCCCACGAGAUCCUGCGCCCGGCCUGCCCUCCGGACUACACCCUGGCUCUGCGCCGGGCGCCGGACGACGUGCCCCUCAUGACGCCCAACACCAUUACCAUGAUCCCCAGUACCAUUACGGGCAUGCAGGCCCUGCACCCUUUCAACACCUUCCCCACCGGGCACAACAACACCCUGCCCCACCCUCACUCCACCACCCGGGUAUAGUUCCCUCUCCCACCCCAGCCACGGGGAAAUUGCGGCCAAGGGACAGGGCCUUUCCUCUCUGCCCAGCCGCCGACCCCUGACCGCGGGGGGCGGGAGGGGUGGGGGGGAAAGAAAGGGAGACGUGGCAUCUUUUGUGUGCCGCGCAGUCGGGGAUUUUGGGGUGGGGGGGUUCUUUUAUACAAUAAUUAGGGAAGGGGGUCUGCGGGCCAAGCUCGAAGGAGGAGGUCUCCCACACACGAUGAGAAGCGACUGGUUCCUUUCGGACGGACGGUGGGGUCUUGGCACUCGAGGGAAACCGACCGUACUUUGCUCAUCCGCGGAGGUGCCCGGCACCCUUCCCAAUGGGGUGUCAGCACUGGGGGGCAAGGGGGCAUUGGAGAGGGACCGUCCAUCCUUCGUUCACCUUGGGUGGACGGCAGAGAGGCCCGAUGCCCUUCAGGAACAGGGUAGGAGCAUCGGGGAGUGUUGGAAAGAACCACCCGAUCCUUUGCUCCUCUUCGACGGAGGAUAGAGACGUCCAGCGUCCUUCCCGACACGGUCUCGGCACUGGAGAAAAACCGACUGUUAUUAAUUCAUCUUGAAUGGAUCAUGGGGGUGCCAACACCCUUCCUCAUCUGGCAACAGCACGGGAGGGUGUUGGAGAGGUGCCGUCCGUCCUUGGUUCUUCUUGGAUGGAUGGCAGAGACCCCCAAUGUCCUUUCCAACGCAGUAUCAGCAAGGGAAGGUGUUGGAGUGGAAAGCGACCAUCUUUCACUCAUCUUGGGCGGAUGGUGGAGACGCACCCAACACCCUUCCCAACAUUGUAACAGCGCUGAAAGGUAUCGGAGGGAAACCGACCAUCCCUCACUCCUCGUGGACGGGUGGUGGGAACGUCCUUCCCAAGGUAGCACAGGAACUGUACAGUGUUGGAGAGCCACCGACCCCUUUUUCGCUCAUCUCGGCUGGAGGAUGGAGACGCUCAACCAUUU